AAGCUUACCUCAACUCAAGCUUGGCAUGAAAUUAUUUUGAGCCUAAAUUUAGGCUCAAGUUCAGCUUGAAAUUAAUUCGAGCCGAGCUGGAGCGAGCCUAACUUCAAAUCGAGCAAGCUCGAACCCUAAGCGAGCCAUUUGAAAUUCUUAAUAUCAUGCAAUCUAUAGUUUAAUUUUUAUAAAAUGUCAUCUAAAAUUUGAUACAGAAAAUGCCUAAUAGUUCAAAAUACAAAAUAAAUGCAUGAAACACGAUAUUAUAAUAUUAAAAAAAAAUUAGGGGAUGCGAAGAGCAACUUCGAACAAUUUUCGAGGGGAAACUAGUUUUAAAGAACUGAAGCUCAUGGCUGGCUAAACAGUAGAUCUUGGUACCGUCGUAAUCGAUAGCAGAACUAAUAUUUUCGUCCCUAUUAAAUUUAAUUUAAGAUCAAAUUACAAGAACAUCUUUCUCAAGCAAGCAUAAUUCUCCACCCCAUGAGUUAGACCCAAGCAAUCAUCACAAGCUAAGCAAAAAAUUAUAGCAACCACUACAAGUGGCCUCCCAUCAUCUAAAGCAUAAACAAUCUAAAGGGCCCCACUUAUCCUAUUUGCUAAAUUUGCCACCCUAGUGCACAAAUAUAGAAUGCUUCAUCCUCUCUACUUUUUUGGUGCAUCCCAUAACCCUACAGCAGAAGCUUCAUCAUGGUUACCACCGCUCCCACUCUCUUUUAAAUACCACACCAUUCACUUCCCCACUAACAAAAAGUCCAUUCUAUACUUCUUUCUCCUCUCUAUUGCCAUGGCUACUACUCAACUCAUUCUACUUACUCUUCUCCUAGCUUUCUCUUUUACUCUCCACCAUCUUGCUGUUGAAGCACAUGAAGAAGUUGAGCAUCAACUGGCAAGCAAAGGGGCCAGGACACUCCUAGCAACAAUGGACUGCAAUUCAGCAUGCAGCGGGCGGUGCCAGCUAUCAUCGAGGCUGAAUUACUGCAUGAGAGCCUGUAAAACGUGCUGUGCGCGCUGCAGCUGCGUCCCGCCCGGCACUUCGGGGAAUUACGAUCAGUGCCCCUGCUAUGCCAGCUUGACCACCCGCAGCAGCAAGAAAAAGUGCCCUUAGACCCCCAUCAAACACCUGUAGAGAAAAACUUCAAAAUGUGCUACUGCUUAUGUAUGGUGUGAUGGAUAACAACAAGAAAGGCGCUACUCGUGUACACAUAGAUAGUUCUGUGUAUGCUUCGAAUGUGAAUAAUAAUGUUUGAAGUGAAAAACUCUUGUAUCUUGAAUAGUAAUAUCUGCUUCGCCGCUGCAAGCAGAAGAACUACUAUGAGAUGAUUGAAUGUGAGAGAACAGACUGAAAAGUA